GAAAGACCUCCAGUCCAACCGCAUUUUGGAGACCUUGGAUACUACCACUUCCAAUGUUGCUGGACAGGACAGAAUGCAACCGAUGAGGGACCACUAGCGGCCCCGCUACGAAUCGUAGGAAACGAUUGCGGCCAGCCAUCCACCAAUGGUUGCAUCUUCUCGCUCCCCGUCCGCUGUCGAUCACCACGACAUUUUGCGGGGUACCGAUCCCUAGCCCUUCACCAUGUGCGCCAUGUCGAGAUCUCAAUGUACCGCAGCUGUCUCAUCUAGAUGUCGGAGACUCUGGCGGAAAGGAGGGCCAAAGAAUUAGCGAUGCAAAAAGCAAAUAAAGAUCUACUCCAGAACCUAGCUUCACCGAUAUUCAAACUCAGUCUCUAUUAUCCGAUUUGGAGGGCCCGAGCCGUGUCGUCACAGAUGGCUAGCACGUCAUCCGCACCAGCUGUUGCCCAUCCGGAACCAACCAUCGUCGCAGAGUCGCAGACAUCACAGCCUGACGUCCGGACUUGGCCGCCCUCCCCUCCGCUAGUGCUCCAGUCGAGCGCCCCCGGGCGGGGGUUUAUUGCCUGAUGACCUCUUUCAUCGAUAUGUCAACAUAAGAAGAUCUUCGCACGGACGCCGCAUACCUGCCAUCUGAUUGCACAAAAGCAAGGGGCCU